AUGUCUUUCAAUCCCGAUGAGCCAAAGGUCACCAUCAGGGAGGUGACGAAGGAUAGUGUAGAGUUCAUGAUGGAGAAUACCGAUUUAGCUGUUGCAAAUUCGCUGCGAAGAGUUAUGAUCGCUGAGGUGCCAACAGUCGCAAUUGACUUGGUCGAAAUCGAAACCAACACCUCCGUCCUCGCCGACGAAUUCAUCGCCCACCGCCUCGGCCUAAUCCCCCUCUCCUCCCUCGACGUCGAAACCGCGAUCCCCAAAUACACCCGCGAUUGCGACUGUGACGCCUAUUGCCAAAACUGUUCCGUCACACUAACACUCCACGCGGCCUGUUCAGGCGGAUACGGAAACAUGGACGUGUGGAGUCGGGAUUUGGUCGUUGAGGCGAGGCAUGGGACGGAUAUUGGGAAGCCGGUUGUGGGGGAGGGAGGGAAGGGUGUGUUGAUUUGUAAGUUGGCGAGGGGACAGGAGUUGAGGGUUAAGUGUAUUGCGAAGAAGGGUAUUGCAAAGGAACAUGCGAAGUGGUCACCAGUCUGCGCAGUCGGCUUCGAAUACGACCCCCAUAACGCCCUCCGACACACGGACUACUGGUACGAGGAAGACAUUGAGAAAGAAUGGCCAGCGUCUAAAUACGCAGAAUGGGACGAGGAAGGCGCAGCAAAGAAAAAUGAACCGUUCGACUAUAACGCCAAACCUAAGAAAUUCUUCAUGAACGUCGAGUCCGUGGGCUCAAUACCCGUCAAUAUGAUCGUCGAGCGCGGGUUCGAUGAGUUGAUCCGUAAACUGUACAGGGUACAGGAUGAUUGGAAGAAACUUGAUAAUCCCAAUAAGACGAACGGAGUCGCGGCUGGGUAUGGAGGAGGGUGGGGCGAGGGUGAUGAUGCGGCGUAUUCACCGCAGGCUGGGACAGCGUGGGGUGGUAGUGCGGCUGCAGAUGGGUGGGGGAAUGCGAAUGCUGGAGCCGGGUGGUAG